UUGCUUUGCCGUUUGCUCUAUUGAUCUUCCUUCAUUUCCUUCAGUUUGCAAAGAAGAAAACAUGACUGAGGUUGCAGGCCUUCUUCUCUCUCCCUUUCUCCAUGUCUUUUUUGAUAGAAUGGCAUCCGGCAACUUCGUUGACUUUUUUCGAGAACAAAAACUCAAGGAGGGACUCUUACGCAAGUUGAAGAUAGCAUUGCUGUCCGUAAAUGCACUGCUUGAAGACGCGGAGGAAAAACAACUUACAAAGCCUGCUGUGAAAGCAUGGCUUGAUGAGUUAAAAGAUGCAGUCUAUGAUGCAGAACACGUCUUGGACGAGAUAGCGACUGAAGCCUUGCAACGUAAGUUGGACAUUGAAUUUCAAACCACUGGACGUAAGGUACGAAACUCCAUCACUAGUACUUUUUUUAGUCAUUUUGUCAAGGAGAUAGAGUCAAACAUAAAAGAGCUACUUGACAAACUAGAAUAUCUAGCAAGCCAAAAGGAUGUUCUAGGUCUAAAACAAGGUGUUGUAGGAGAAUCAUCAAAAAGAUUGCCCACGACUUCUUUGGUCGAUGAAUCUGGUAUUAUUGGUAGGGAUGAUGAUAAGGAAAAAAUAGUAAGCUUGUUGCUCUCAAAUGAUGCAACUAGCAAUGAAAAUCUAUGUGUGAUUCCAAUAGUCGGCAUGGGGGGAAUUGGUAAGACCACUCUUGCUCAACUUGUAUACAAGGAUGAGAGGGUGAAUAAGCAUUUUGACCUUAAGGCAUGGGUAUGUGUUUCGGAUGAGUUUGACCUGUUCAGGGUAACAAAAACAAUUCUAGAAGAAGCAAGUACGGCUACUAUUGCUGAUAGUAAGAAUCUAAAUUUGCUUCAACUGACACUAAAAGAGAAAUUGAAGGGGAAGAAAUUUUUACUAGUUCUAGAUGAUGUUUGGAAUGAGAAUUCUGCUGAUUGGGAAUUGUUAAGCACUCCAUUUAAAUUUGGGGCACCGGGAAGUGUGGUCAUUGUAACAACACGCACUGAUGAUGUUGCAUCAAUCAUGCGUACUGUUCCGACUCAUUAUCUGAAGACGUUACUGGAAGAAGAUUGUUGGUCACUAUUUGCAAAACAUGCAUUCAGUAACUCUGACACACUUCCCGAGCUAGAAGUAAUAGGUAGGAAAAUUGUGAAGAAGUGUGAAGGUCUACCUUUAGCGGCCAAGACAAUUGGGGGUCUCUUGCAAUCUAAACUAGAUGUUGAUGACUGGGAGAAGAUAUUGAAGAGCGACUUAUGGGAUUUGCCAAUAGACAAGACAAACAUUAUCCCAGCUCUAAGAUUAAGUUACAAAUAUCUUCCCUCACAUUUAAAGCAAUGCUUUGCUUACUGUUCAAUAUUUCCUAAAGAUUAUGUUUUUGAAAAAGAUGACGUAGUCUUAUUAUGGAUGGCAGAAGGUUUCCUAGAAGAAACUAGAAACAAAACAAUGGAAGAAAUUGGCCAUGAAUACUUCCUUGCUUUGGCAUCAAGAUCAUUGUUCGAGCAAUCAAGUGACGAUAAAUCACCUUUUGUAAUGCAUGAUCUUGUCAAUGACUUAGCAAAAUUUGUAUCCGGACAAUUUACCUUUAGAUUGGGGGUUGACCAUUCUCAGGAAAUUGUGGACAAGACUCGCCAUUUGUCGUAUGUCAAAAGCAGAUAUGAUAACUUUAAGAAGUUUGAGUCUAUUUAUGAGACUACUCGAUUGCACACAUUCCUACCAUUGAAGUCGUUGUCACCAGGCUACAAUUACUUCUUCUUAACUAAAAGAGUACCUCUUGAUUUAUUGCCAAAGCUAAGAUGGUUGCGCGUGCUCUCUCUAUCUCACUAUCAAAAUAUGACUAAGUUGUUGUAA